AUCAGUCCAAUUUGUGGUGUAAGGGAGCUGCCGCUGACAAUGGUGCACUUGGAACGGAUGAUACUGCAUGUGUUGUGGGUCACGGCCAUGUUGGCGAUAGGCGCCCGUGGAUUCCUCUUCCGACGGACAGACUGCCAGGUUUCGGAUUGGUCAUCGUGGUCCAAGCCGUUUGGGUUCGGGCAGGUGUCCCGAGAACGAGCUAUCCUCCGACACCCGUCCAACGGCGGCAGCCCCUGUCCACCAGACAUGGAGGAGAUCAAAAUGACAGGUCAAAGAGUCAGCAUCCAGUCCACUGCAAAAUCCAUCACAUCCAAUUUUAUGGUCCAGAACUCGCAAGCAAAUAGUUUGUCAGUGGGUUUCGUUCGUGAUUUGCUCGUCAUUGUGGAUGGUUCGGGAAGCAUAGGAGCAUCGGACUUCAAUGACGCUAAGAACCAACUGGCUCGCCUUUUGGGCAUGCUCUGCCCGGAACCAGACCCAUUUAAGACAAGGAGAAAGGUACAUCAGCAGGCGGCUCUGAUUGAGUUCUCGACCACUGUGCGGGAGAUCUUUGACUUUAAUGAUAAGGCGAACACAGUGGCAGUGCAGCAGGGCAUCAUAGGGAUGCCAUAUUUGAGCGGCCAAACAUGCACCGCUACCGCAUUCAACUACGCCCGUAGCACCAUGUUCACCGCCUCUAAAGGUAUGCGGAGCCAACCAAACGUGAAAAAGGAUGUGCUCAUCUUGACGGACGGAAAUUCGAAUUGUGGCGGGGACGCCGUUCAGGCAGCCAAGCUGCUUGGCAAGACGGCAAAUGUGUACGGGCUAAUUAUCGGCGGCCAAGACGAUGCUAGCAUACAAGAACUGACAGACUACGUUUCCUCGCCAAAAGACCAGCACCUGUUUACCGUGGAGGAUGCACAUGACCACCUGGAACAGCUAGUUACUCUCGUGGAGCAGGAGCUCAAGUCUAUCCCCUGUCAAUCAUUCGACAUUUGAAUGCGACCACCGCCAAUAUAGCAUGUUUAUUUAUUAACUGUAUUCUUGUUUUGGUUACCGGUUAAAAAGUUUUAAUUAUGUUAUUAACAAAAACGAUUUUCAAUCUGUUUUUAUUUAAACCGAAGCAUGGAAGUGAAAUAAGAGUACUUUAAGAUAAUUUCUAUCGAUGUAAGUAUCUUAAGAGAAGUGAGAGUAUAACAUAUAUAUUUAUCUUAAAGGAUAGCAUAAUCACACGAAAUAAAUCAUUAUCUCCGAAAACAUUUGGGAAAAUAAUAACAAUGCUUAAGGGAGGGCGUCUUUGGAAGCUAAAAUGAAUUUUGAUUUGUCCGCUUUUUCUGAUUGUGAAAAUGAGCACAACAUUGGGUAAAAAUGAAAAUAAAAACAGGUUCACUUGUGACGCUUAUAAUAAGUAAAGAUAAAUGAAGCUACGAAUAAUUUCUCUAUUGAUACGGCCCCUCCGAGAAUUAUAACAUAAUAUUUGUAUCUGUAAAUGAUCAUUACUAAUUUAUCUGGCUAUACAUAUAAAAUACCCUUUCAUAUAUUCUGUCAAACGAAUUUCAUUGACAACCGUCUUUCAAAUGUUUUAUUUCUUAAAUGAUCAUGCGCUAUAUUAACCUUUGUCAUUGAUGUAGAUAUAAGGAUAUGUACUGAAAUAAAUUUGUGUUCUGUU